GCCUUUUAUGCUCCAAUUAGGUAGGCACACAGUUAAGUAGCCAUUGAUUGCCCUACCUAGCUUGCACGUGCAUUACAUCUUGCAAAAUAUGUUUCAGGUGGUUGCUUGACUUUUAUCUUUGAUCAACUACUUGCAUCAUGUAUGGAUUGUGUGGUAUCUGAUAGGCACAGUGUCAACUGGCACCUUCUCCUGAUUGCACUAAAAAAGCUUUUGUAGAUAAAUUUAUGGGAUCCAUUUAGUUUUCAAUUGCUUUUUGAUAAAUUUAUAUUGAGAUGGUUGCUUGACAUUUUUCUCUGACCAGACACCUCAUUAUUGCCUCAUCCGCUGAUCUGUAUACCUGCAGUACACCAAAAAUUUAUAUUGCAGCCUAGGGAACGGGCUGGUGCUUAUCUUGCAAGCAUUCAUAGCAGUUGGUCUCCUAGCGGAGAACUUAUUGGGUGAAGGCCUUGGUGACAGUAUGGUUCUGUAUUUGCUAUGCCUUAAUGUCAUGUUACCUUAUUCUAGUCUUCUGAUUUGUUGUGUAGUACACUAUCUGUUUUUUGUAUUUUUUCAUAUCCAGAGAUAUAAUCUGAGAGCUCCUUGAUCUCCUCAUAAAGAAGCAUGGAUAAAUCAUGGAUCAAUUCUGAUGCUAGAUCUGCUCAAUGAUGCAUUUCCUGAGGGUUCAGCACUACCUAGAAACUUUUAUGAAGCUAAGAAAUUGGUGAAAUUCAUAGGACUUGGGUACACUAGUAUUCAUAAUAUCGAAGCCACCUCGCAGCAUGGUUCUAAUUCACGACACCAGGAGAGCCCAAGAUCCGAAGAACUUAUCAAUGAGGGACAUGAUGUUCAGUGUAGAGAUGAUAUUUCUAAUGAUCAGCACUACGAUCACUCUGAGGAUGAGGGGAACUUUCUUGACCAUAGGCGUGUUGCUGCCCCCUUAGUGCCUGCCGUGGAGAUUACAACCACGCCGAGGAAUGAUGUUGCCCCUCGCUUUGCAAAUGAUGCACUUGUUCGAAAGGAGGUGAUAUUAUAUGCCAUGUUGAGGUCUGAUCAACCUGUGGCUAAGGGUACAGUUAUUUCAACUAAUCCAAGCACUGAGGUAGGAGGGACUUCUAGGAGAUGCUAGAGGAACGCUACCAGUUGGUGCACACACUACACAACCAGCUAAAGUGCCCAUGGAUGCUCUGCUAUUUUGGACCUCCUAAAGAUGAGACAUUUUGUAAACAAAUGUAAUGGUUAUGCAAGCCAAAAAUGUGAGAUGUGUGCCAACCAAACUUUAUGGCCGUGUGAACACUUAGUCUAUUUUGGCUGCUGCGUAGUGUUGAUGUAUUGGCUGCUAUGUACUGUUGAAGUGUGAGAUUUUUGCCAGGAGCUAUUAGUACAAGUUCAAACCAUUAUGGCUUCUAUUAACAUAUUUUGAGCAAUAUAUAUUGUUUGGUGAUCAAUGUGGGCUA